AUUGGAUCUAUGCGAUGUGAUUGGAUCAAAAAGAUCAAAAGAGCGUUUUAGAUUGUUUUCGUCAAAUGGAUUGGAGUAAUAGUGGAUAAGUUCCAUAAAACGUCGCCGUAAUAAAGCGUGUUCGCUGCGAUGGAGGAGAAGCAGGACUCGACGACGACGAUGACGACACAGGAGCUGGCGAUGGAAGGAGAAAAGCAUUUGGAAGAAACGAUUGAAGCGGCGUUUCAGAUAGUUUCAGCUAUGAAUGAUGAGCUUUGCAAUCCUUCCUUGUGGUCUACAUCAGCUACAUCAAGUUCCGCCAUGACGACGACGACGGGUUCUAAUGGCACGGCUCUUGUUUCCGCCGAUGCGGCUGCGAGUGAUGAAACAUCGCAUCAUUCGGAAUCUGGUGGUGGUGGUGGAGGAAGUGGGAAUAGUGCUCUGGAUGAGGCGAGUCUUCGAUAUAAGAACUCAGUGACUUCGCUUCGUGCUGUUCUUACUGCGAUUCCCAAUUCUCAGAAGGCAAAAACAUCUGAAAUGGAAAAUGGUUUAGGAUCUCCUGAAAGUGAAAAUGAAAUUGAAAAUCUGGAGGAGCAAGCCUUAAGUCUCAGAAAGGAAAUUGCAAAGAAGAAUGUCCAUGUCAAAGAACUAAUCGAUAAAUUUCGGGAGCUCAUAGCAGAUAUCUCGACAUGGCAAAGCCCUUGUUCUGUUUAAGUUUACUUUUUUUGUUGACAAUAGUGAGAUCAGUUUAGAUAAGAUUCGAAGCCUUGUUCUUGAAUCCUUCAUUGAUGUAUUAGUUAUCGGAGUUAUUUUGCUAUUUUGUUUUCAAGAAACCAGAAAAUCUCAAUGUUACUUCGUAUAUAAAAUAUUUCAGACAAAA